UGGAAUUAAUAUAUACAUUUUUUGUAAAAAUAAAUCAUUAUUAUAUAUUUUGCAUCAUUAAUUUAAUUUUGUAUCAAAUAUUAAUAUUUCAUUACUUAAAUAAAGACAAAAAAAAAUUAAAAAAUGAAUGCAUCUCAUACCUUCACUUGGGUAUCAAAAACCCAUAUCUUAAGGGUUUAAAAUAUGAGUUUCAAAUUUUAUUUUUUCAAACCAAUCAUCAUGUACCCACAAAACCCAUACAUUAUUUCAAAUAUCCAUGAAUCAAACGACCAUCAUCGAUAACCAUCCAUGUAUUCAUUCCUUAGCUCCAACUUUAAGGUUUAUGUAGUGGAAGUGUGGAACAUUGCAAGAUUAUUCAGCUGUUGAUGGUCUCCAACUUUGAAAACAGAAUCAUAUCGUUUUGCCAAAAAGUUAUGACAAUAAAAACAUGAUGAAAGUAGGAAAUUAUCGUUUUGCAAAUUAUACUAAAAAUUAUGCAUAAACCUAGACUCUGAUUCAUUAAAGAUGCAAGUUGAUUGAAAAAUCUUUUAUCUCAAAUAUCUGCAUUCUGUAAUUCAAUUUUGAAAACAAAAUAAAAUCACACAUUUUCUCCAUUUUGCCAUUAACAAAAACAUUUCAUGAAUAUCUUUCGAUUCUAUAAUAAAUAAAAUUUCAAUUAUAAAAAUUAACUUAUAUACUUGUCAUGCGAAGCACGGUAUGUAGGCUAGUUUCUAACUAUUUAAUCAAUAUACUUCCCUGUAUAAUUUAUUUAUAGGUCAUUUAUUUUCAUGAAUAUUUCUUUUAAUCAAAUUAAGUUAAAUUUUAUAAUUUCGGAAAAAACCCUUGAAUUGGAAAUAAUUAUUUUCUUACAGUAUACACCAAUUAAUGGACUUUGCUGUUUAUAUUUAUGAGAUUAGAACCAGUUAUACUGAACACCUUCAAGACAGAAUAAUUUCAAGAAUUAACACUCAAUUUUUUUUAGUACUGCAAUUCAUUUCUCAUACAAUGCUCAAGCAAGAAGUGAAAUUAAAGAAUAUGUCUACUCUGCAUGGAAUAGUAAGACCACCUUCUACAUGAUCAAUUGAUUGCUUAUGUGCACCACCUGAAAAAUCAAGCAUUAGAUAAAAAUUUCAUGAGAGAGUAGCACAUGGGUCUGUACUUAUGUUACCCUCCUGCUUCUUGUACCACAAAAUCCAAAUACAUGCUUCAGACAAGGAUUAGAAGGUUAAUUUUAUGUUUGAUUAUGUUAAAAAUUCAAAUAACUGGACAGCUGAAUAUUAAAGGCAGAGCUAUCAGACAACUAAGAAAUUUGAUUAUCCUUGGUAUUUGUAGGGCAAGUUGUGUCUUGGUAAGCAGAGACAUAUAUCCCAAACUCCUCCGACCUUGCUAUACAUUCUGUAUUUGUAGGACAUCACCAUGUGCUACUGACUUAUUAUUUCAUUUUCAGUGUUCAAGAAACCUUCUAUAUAAACAUAGGGAAUUUGACAUAAAUCAACAGAAGCUUACUAGCAAACCUUCAGUUCUUUCAUCAAGCAUCAUCUAGUCCUUUUUCUCUCUGAACACCAACUUAGAAUCAUGGGUAUCCGCAUGCCUCGUAUUCCUCAUGUCAAGAAAAUUUUUCAGGGAUCUUCUUUUGCAACUACAGCAGUUUCAGACGUCCCAAAGGGCUGCUUGGCAGUUUAUGUUGGGGAGAGCCAAAGAAAAAGAUUUGUUGUUCCAAUUUCAUACUUGGCUGAGCCUGCCUUCCAGGACUUGCUAUGUCAAGCUGAGGAAGAAUUCGGUUUUGAUCAUCCAGAGGGGGGUCUUACAAUUUCCUGCAGAGAAGAUGUGUUUACAGACAUCGCCUCAAGCUUGAGAAGAAAAUCAUAGAGAAGAACAUGAUCAAAAUAAGUAGUUCAGAAAUUUUUUGUAAGCUAGUAGGAGAUAAGUUAGAAUAGGUGGGACCAUAGGCAUAAUUAUGCAAAUAUUUUCUUCCUGUAUCUCAUGGAAUCAUUUUCAAUGAGGAAGAUCAUGACUCAAAAUUUGGUAAAAUAUUU